AUAGCAACCGGGAGAUGUCGCCUCCAGCUGGUUAGGAGAGACCGGACUCCGUGGGAGUAGGGGUCGUUUGGCCAUCGUUGACCGGUGUGACAGAGAAACUGAGGCCAAGGUGUGCGGACAGGCCCUAGGCAUCGUUGGGCCUCCCCCGUGCCCGAGUCCGUGGACUCUGCACCUGGUUCUCGGCAUCUCCCUGAGCGAGAAAUUGAGGCCGAGGAAGGGCACAUUCCUCCUGAGGCUACAGCCCUUGGCUGUAAAAAUCAAUAAGAUGUCCUGCCUUUCUUUAUGGAGAAAUGAAAGUAAUUUAUAUAAUACAGGAAUGCACAUUUUACGUCAUCCACGCUCAGGCUGGAUCACACCCGAUUGUGCAUGUAUCUAACAAUGAGAAAAAGGAGAGUCCAUGGAAGAUAAUAUUAACAUGGAUUUUGCCAGCGGUUUUUAUUUGACAUCUUGCUCAAAGGCUAAAUACACUUUAUCUACAAGCGGAGUCGUUCUGACAGCUACAUGUGCAGACAGGAGCAUGCUGUGGUGGUGACGUUGCAAAACGGUGACCAAGACAAAGUACGCUUCCCAAGUCAACCUGGCAUGGUGUGCCAAGGAGCAGCCAUGUCCGCCCUGUACCCGUCUCUGGAGGACCUGAAGGUGGACCAGGCCGUUCAGGCCCAGGCCAGAGCAUCGCCCAGGAUGCCCGCCCUGCCCGUCCAGGGAGCAAUCGUCUCUCCACCUUCAGUUUUGUACCCAAACCUGGCGGAACUGGAAAAUUAUAUGGGUCUUUCCCUCUCCAGCCCAGAAGUCCAGCAGAACCUGCCUCAGACCCCAGAGGGUGAGCGUACGGCAGUCUUGGGUGCCUGGCCUGGUCAGGUGGUGGCGCCGGUGUCCGGGAAUAACCUGGGCGUGCGGCGUGCGGAGAUCAAGCCCGGCGUGCGCGAGAUCCACCUGUGCAAGGACGAGCGCGGCAAGACCGGGCUGCGGCUGCGGGCCAUCAACAAGGGACUCUUUGUGCAGUUGGUCCAGGCCAACACCCCUGCAUCCCUCGUGGGGCUGCGCUUUGGGGACCAGAUCCUGCAGAUCGAUGGGCGUGACUGUGCGGGGUGGAGCACCGACAAAGCGCACCGGGCGGUGAAGCGGGCCUCAGCGGAGAAGAUCGUCAUGAUUGUCCGGGACAGGCCCUUCCAGCGGACUGUCACCAUGCACAAGGACAGCACAGGCCUGGUUGGCUUUGCCAUCAAGAAGGGGAAGGUCGUCUCUGUGGUCAAAGGGAGCUCCGCAGCCAGCAAUGGGCUCCUCACCAGCCACUACGUGUGCGAGGUGAACGGGCAGAACGUCAUCGGGCUGAAGGAUAAAGAAAUCAUGGAAAUUCUAGCCACAGCUGGGAGUGUCAUCACCCUGACCAUCAUCCCCACUGUCAUCUACGAACACAUGGUCAAAAAGUUGUCCCCAACCCUGCUUCACCACACCAUGGACCACUCUGUCCCUGACGCCUGAAGCCACAGGAGGGCAGCUCCCGCCCCACCCUCCCGCAGGAAAGCCCUGGGUCAGGCUGCUGUGAAGGACGUGUUCAGUGGCAUGGUGCUGCCGUGUGCACACAGGCUUCCUGGAAGGGCAGGCUGGACCAAGGCCCUGGCGGCCCGCAGGCCGGGCCUCUGAGCUGGUUUAAAUGCGGAGCAUGUAGACGGGCCAGCCAAACACUUCCGAAAGUUGCAGCGGAGUCCCUUUCAAGGUUGUGCCUCUCCCAGGGAAACAGCUACACAUUUGGAGAGCAGAGCUACAUUCUUUGUGAGAUUUUUUUUUUUUUUUGCAUUUACUUAG